AAGGAAGGGUCUGCAUACACAUUAGAAUAGGGUAUAAUUCUUUAUAAAUUUUCUUUUUUUUUUUAAAUAAAAUAAAAUUAAAGAAAUAUAAUUGUCUUUAUUGUGUAAUGAGGAGAGGUUAAAAAUAGAGAAAUGCUAAAGAGCACCAGUAUUGUCUAACAUCCUUUUAUGUGUCAAUAUCGUUAUUGAUCUAAUUAAGUAUCGAUUUCCAUAUAGUUUAAUAUAAUAGCUUUUAGGAUAUAUGGGCCAUAUGGCUAGCGAAUCACAACACAAUAUAUCUAGAAAGUGUUAGGCACCACUGGUACCUAAUUCUAUUAUUCUAUCCCCGAAAGGAGCUAAAGCUGAUUACACCGCUAUAGGUGUUCUCUCUUAAAAAACGCACCCUAUUCUUUCCUAUUUGCAUAUCGCAUUUGUUCUUGAAUCUGUUGGUACGUAUUCCUCUCUCCCCAAAGAGAAGAAAGAGAGAGAGAAUAAUAUUAUUAUGUUCCAACAACACAAGAAGCCAUCAACUAUGAAUGCCCAUGCUCAUAGCCAUGAAAGACCUAUGUGUGUUCAAGGUGACUCUGGUCUUGUCCUAACAACAGACCCCAAGCCUCGUCUCCGUUGGACUGUUGAGCUUCAUGAACGCUUCGUCGAUGCCGUUACUCAGCUUGGAGGACCAGAUAAGGCAACACCAAAGACGAUCAUGAGAGUUAUGGGUGUUAAGGGUCUUACUCUUUACCAUCUCAAGAGCCACCUUCAGAAAUUCAGGCUUGGAAAGCAGCCUCACAAGGAAUUCAAUGAUCAUUCGAUUAAGGAUGGUAUGAGAGCUUCAGCUCUUGAACUUCAGAGAAAUACCGCAUCUUCUUCUGCCAUGAUAAGCCGCAGUAUGAAUGAGAUGCAAAUGGAGGUGCAAAGAAGACUUCAUGAACAAUUGGAGGUCCAGAAACAUCUCCAAUUGAGAAUUGAGGCUCAAGGAAAGUACAUGCAAAGCAUAUUGGAAAAAGCUUGUCAAACUCUAGCUGGUGAAAAUAUGGCAUCUGGAAGCUACAAGGGUAGUAUUGUAAAUCAAAGUGUUCACCCUAAUCACCACCAUUCUCAUCAUCAUAAUCAUAAUCAUGAGAUGGGAUCAACCAUGAAAGAUUUCACUUCUCCUCUUGGCUUUCCAUCAUUUCAAGACCUAAAUAUCUAUGGAGGUGGUGAUCAUCACCAACUUGAUCUUCAACACAACAUGGAAAGAUCAUCAUCCAUGGAUGGUUUCUUACCUAACAACAACAACAACACUAAUAAUAGUAGUCCUAAUGAUACUCUUUGUUUGGGAAAGAAAAGGACUACUACUAGUCCUUAUAGCGGGAGUGGAAAGAGUCCUUUAAUUUGGUCCGACGAUCUUCGUCUCCAGGACUUGGGAACGGCCGCGUCUUGUCUUGGUGAAGAUCAGAUUCAGAUGGCGCUGAACUCGUCGACGGAGAGAGGAGGAAGCGAGAUUGAUUCAUUGUCUGAUAUUUAUGAGACAAAGCCAGUAAUCUCAGGUGAUCAUAUGGGGCCGGAGAAGAAGUUUGAAGGUGGAACAAAUAGUAAUAAACUCGAAAGGCCUUCACCAAGAAGAGCUCCUCUCAGUGAUAGGAUGAGUCCUAUGAUUCAAGGAAGAAAUUCACCUUAUGGUUGAAUUGAUCGAACACUUCAAUUAAUUACCAAACCUUGAAUGAAUUAUCAUGGUUUACAUA